AUGUCGCUCACUACCUCCACAAUCACCCUCAACGACGGCCGGGCCAUGCCUGCUCUGGGUCUCGGCACCUUCCAAAAUGAUGCCUGCGAGCAGGUUGUGUACGACGCCAUCAAGGCUGGCUACAGACACAUUGACACUGCCUUCAUCUACCGAACCGAAGAGGCCGUUGGCAAUGCGGUUGAGCGGGCCAUUUCCGAUGGUAUCGUCGCCCGGUCCGAUCUCUGGAUCACCACCAAGGUGUGGCCCACCUACCACGACCGAGUUCCCCAGAGUGUCGACAAGUCUCUUGCUCUCCUCAAGACCGACUACAUCGACCUUCUUCUGGUCCACUGGCCCGUUGCUCUCAAUGGCGACCCCAACGACGACUACUCCUUCCUGCCCAAGCGAGAAGAUGGCGAAAUCGACAUCACCGAGGGCGAUGAUUGGAUCUCCUUCUACAAGCAGCUGGAGACCGAGCAGAAGACUGGCCGAGUCAAGUCCAUUGGCGUGUCCAACGUCUCGUCCGUCUACCUGGAGCGGCUUCUGGAACACGCUUCUGUCAUUCCGGCUGUCAACCAGUUUGAAAACCACCCUCUGCUGCCCCAGAAGGACCAGAUUGAAGCCAACCUCAAGCAGGGCAUCCAGAUCACGGCCUAUUCUCCCUUGGGAUCUGGUCAGGGAGUCAUCAAUCUGCACGAGAACCCCACCAUUGUCGAGCUCGCUGAGAAAUACAACACCUCCACUGCCUCCAUUCUCAUCAACUGGCACAUUUGCCAGGGCCGAUCUGUGAUCCCCAAGACGGCCAACAGUCUGCGAGUAGUUUCCAAUGCUGUCAAAGUGGAAAUUUCUGCCCAAGAUCUCGCCAAGAUCGACGCCAUUUCUGCCGAACACGGAACCCACAGAACCGUGCCUUUCCAUCUCUUCAAGAAGGACUGUCUUGGAUACCCUGUGUAG